AAAUGGGUCUCAAAUGUGAAUCCGAAUGCUGGGAGAAAGUCAAGUGGCGCUGUGAAGAAGGGGGUUUAAGCGAGAAGCGGAAUUUACUCGUGGCAGCAAUCGCAGGCGCCAUGUUUUUCACUGGUUGGUGGAUAUUAUUUGACGUUAUUGCUCAAUCCCCGUCAUCCUCCGAUUUCCAAGGCGUUUACUACAUUUGCGGCGUAACCGGAACCCUCUCCGUCAUCAUGAUCAAUCUCGUCGGACGCCACCAUUUACGAGGCGACUCCUUCACGGGAGGAUGUCUCGGACCUUGCGGCGCUCUUGGCUGGCUAUUUGUCGGAUUUGCGAUUGGAUUCGCGUCCUUAAUCGCGGCCGGAUGGAUUCUAUUUGUUGCAUACGUUAUUCCCGAUAAGCCCCACAAAUCGUACGGGGUGGCGAUAUUUAUCCAAAACUUGCUUAUUUUCCUGAGCGGAUUGCUCUACAAGUUUGGUCGUUCUGAAGACAUUUGGGGCGAUGGGAUUGAUUGAGUAUAGAAAAAAAAAUCUGG